GCUCGACUACUUCAGCCUGUGACCACCUCUGGCUGCCUGGAACCGGCCCGAGACCCGAUUCGUGUGGCCCAGAAGGCCCCGGGCGACAGCGCCAGAGGCGGUAUCAGACGGCGCGGAACAAAACCACUCACUCCUUAUUCAGUUCGGACCGCUGCGGUCCAUCCGUCCUCAAACCGGAAGGGCUUUUGGGUCAGGCUCCACCGUUAUCCCUCCCCUUUGUCUUUGCCCUAGCGGGGGCGGGACUUCCUGUCUCGUGCGUCCAAGGACCUCCAAAGUGAGGGCAGGAGUGUCAAGAGCUGUGGUCGCGGGGUAGUUCGAACCUGGUGCACAGGUUCGGAGAGGGCCAUGGAGGUGCGGCCUCCGGCGCCACGGAGCUUCCUCUGCAGGGCUUUCCCUCAGAUCUUUGCUGCCGAAGUUGUGGCCGCCGAUUCUGUGGCCGCCGAUCCGGAAAUCCUUGAGGACCAGAAGCUGCCUUCCUACGUCCCAGAAUCCCAUUACCUGGAAUCCGGAUGGGACCGCCUCCGGGAGCUGUUUGUCAAAGAUGAACAGCAGAGAACUUCAAAGGAACUUGAGAAUAUUUAUAGGGCGGCAAUUUCAGCAGGCAUCAUUGGCUGGGCAUAUGGGGGAAUACCAGCUUUUAUUCAUGCUAAACGGCGCUAUAUUGAGCAGAGCCAAGCAGAAAUUUAUCAUAACCAGUUUGAUGCUGUGCAAUCCGCUCAUCGUGCUGCCACACGAGGCUUUAUCCGAUAUGGAUGGCGCUGGAGUUGGAGAACUGCAGUGUUUGUGACUGUAUUCAACACAGUGAACACUGGUCUAAAUGUCUACCGAAAUAAAAAUGCCCUGAGCCAUUUUGUCAUUGCAGGAGCUGUCACAGGAAGUCUUUUUAGAAUAAACUUAGGCCUACAUGGCCUGGUGGCUGGUGGCAUAAUUGGAGCCUUGCUGGGCACUCCUGUAGGAAGCCUGUUGAUGGCACUUCAGAAGUACUAUGGUGAGACUGUUCAAGAGAGAAAACAGAAGGAUCAAAAAGCACUCCAUGAGCUGAAACUGGAAGAGUGGAAAGCCAGACUACAAUUUACUGAGCUUCUCCCUGAAGAAAUUGAAAGUAACCUACAGAAAAAUACAUCCAAGGAUGAUGCUAAGAAAAUUGAAGCACUGUUAAAUCUUCCUAGAAACCCCUCAUCAACAGAUAAACAAGACAAGAACUGAAAAAUGUUCUAGAUUUGAAACUCAUUGGAGAAUUGAAGGGAGUUAUGUUGCCAUGUCCAUUGAAUGCCAGUGGUCAGGCUACUCCUUGGUUAGUCUGCUGACACAGUUAAGCACUAGUACCUGUAGUGGCAGUGGCUCAGUUUUUUUAAACCAAGAAUUGGGCUUUUGUACCCUAACUUUACUUAUCCUUAAAAUUUAAAUACAUACUUUAUAUUUAUCAAUCUAUGUAUUUGACAUUAUAUUGAUCGAUUAAUAUAUUUCAUCCUAGAUUUUACAACGGUAAAUUAAAAAUUUCACAAAAGAUUAAAGUCUAAUUCUACACAUUAUAUAUAUAUUCUUGUAGCCCUUUAAAAGAGUACUCCAGGAAUCACUAGGAAGAGGAGAUAAAAGAACCAGGUAAGGCAAAUGAUUGGUGAAACUGUUGUGCCCUUGGGUCCUGGAAACAGUAUGGGUCUAAAUGUGUAGUAAUGUUUGGUGUUUUGUUUUAAUAAAAAUCAAAGGUAAUCUCUA